AUGGAUACGAAUGAACGGGAUACUUUAACGAGAAAUAUACAAUGUACACCACGAACUGAUCGACAGAAUCAGCAAGAAGGAACUCCUAAACGCCAUAGAGUGUUGGAAGUUGAUUUCAAGAGAGACGAUAAUGUUCGGAUGGCUCAACGCAAGAGACAAAGGAAUUAUGAAAAUAGAAGCCGUCUUCAACCUAAUGAUCCACCUGAUAAAGGGAUUAACCAAAAUGUACAGAGUCAUCAGUGGAACAAUUCAUCAUAUAAACAUUCAGCACCUGAUUCAUCGCGGAAUGUCAAGAGCCAAACUGUCUUACAUCAGGCGUUACGGUACGCUAUUGAUGAUCGACUACCACCAAUACGAAUUCAAUGCAUACCAAAGCUAACGAAUCAGAAAGAGGCGGCUAAUAUCAUAAAGAAAUUACUCAAGAACAUAGAACAAGAAUUGAAUCGUUUAACUAUACGACUUCAGGUGCCGUUAGGAUUCGAUAACUAUAUCGUUGAUAGAAAUGAAGAUCUUGUAUGUUUCACAAAUUCAAUUGAAAUAUUCGUCUUUUUUUCGGAUCCAUUACAUAUUCCAAAUUCAAUUACAAAUGUGAAUUUGAAAUUGGUCCUGCCAAAGAAACUGCCUCCACAACUCAAUAUAGUUAUGAAAUUCGUCGAUAAUAAUAUAUCUUUAGAAGAAGUUAAGGAAGGAUUAAAUGAACAAUAUUCAAGCUUAUACACGAUCGAAAACAUGGUUGGAACAAUGAACGAAAAAGCAAGACAUAUUCGCUUCGAUAUGCGAUCAUCUGAUGAGUAUGAAGCAAUAUUGAAUAAAGGAAAAUUCCUGCUGGUGGGGCGAAUAUUCGAUGUCAAUGAGUUUUUGCCAUCUCCUAAACUACUUAUCUGUAGUCGCUGCCCAGGGCAAUGA